GCUGUUGCACUUUUACGGGAGAUCUUCAUGAGACGCAGAAACAAAGGGUGAUUCUCAGCUACAGACACAAAAAGGAGAAAAUACACAUUGUUCUAGCACAAGCUGUGUGCAGUAACAUCCACAGAGACUUUUGGAAGAUGAACUCUUCCUUGACUGAUAUGAUCCUUGUUUUUCAUCUGUUUGUAGCAAACGUUAGUCAUUUUUUGUUAAUAUAAUGCCUAGUACAGUGGGAUCCUGCGCUCGCCUGGAGUCCUAAUGUACUACUGCAAUAGAAUUCGUAGUAAUAAAUACCCUGCUUUAGAUCAGCAGAGGAAUAGAGCUUCAGUUAUUAAUAUGAUAGCUUGAUAGUUCACUAAAAAAAAAAAAAAAUAGUUCUUAAAUUUUGGAUCAGUAUUGCUUAUCUUUCUGGUGUAUUUAUUGUUACUGCUACAUGCUGUUGCCAUAGAUUUUUGUGUGAUGGAGGUUCUGCCUCUAUGUUUAUAAUUUACAUAGAGUUCAGGAUUCAUUUAUUACUUGCUUAUUUUAAAAAAAGGUUAGAUUUCCUUAGGUGAAGCUGCCAGAGUUGAAGCACUUUACUGCGUAUUGCCCAGUUUUGCUGGGAAUUGAUGUUGCUUACACACACCUGUAUUGUUAUCCUGCUGUUCUUCAUUGUGCCUUAUUCUGUGAAGUGACAUUGCUGUGGGUAUGGAGUAUGCCUGGAACGUGGAGUAGUAAAUAAUAGGGGGUGCAAAGGUUUACACAGUAUGUGAAUGUAAGGAAAGUACACCACGUUCAGAAAAACACAGUGUGAAAACCCGUGGCAAAAAACUAUGCCCUGCGUCAUAAAUAGGAUGAGAUAGAGGUACAGUUACAGAGAAAGUAAAACUGACUUUUUUUAAUUUUUAUUUUUUUAAAGUAUUUACCUGUGAACAACGAUGUUUUAAAUAUAGUUCUUUUUAUGUUAAGGAGUGUACAUUUUAUGGUUCAUGAGGACUGGGACUGCUGUAGCAGCCCAGAGUUGUUAACCAGAAAAUUUAUAUUAAAAAAAUAAAAUAAAAAUUCAGUGGUUCACUCAUGCUACUGUGGAAUUAAAAUAAUGCAUAAAACCAAAGGCGUCUUUAAAGCUCUGUAGGAGCACAUUAACUAGUUAUUCUUGAGCAACCGAUGGUGAAGAAUAUUAUCCCCAAACUGCAGACGAGGAUAUAAAAAGUGGCUCUUUGGCCACUGCCUGUGUGAGUCACUGUCACAGUCAAGACCACAGCCCAAGUUUGGGCUUGUACGUUUGUAACUCACUGGAUUGGUUCUGCUCUUCUUACUGAUGCUGUGAUUAGACAGAGGCUCCGUAAGCUGCACAUUAAAUGCAAAGCUUGGACUCAUUUUUCGGUUGAUGGAUGACAUGGAGAAAUGCUUGUAAGUGUUCUCUGCUCCUUGUCUUGCUUGUUUGAUUUUAUGUGUCAGGCUGAGAUUGGUGGGAAUGGACAUUUCCAUAGUGUUUCCUUGUGGGCAGAAGGUAAAAAGUCAGCUUCCCUUGUCCCUUAAAAGAUCACACAGCAGCCCAUAUGCUUACAAAUGCAUUUUGUUUUGGCAGCGUCAGUGCUAGGCUCUGUCCAGCUGGGCUUGGUCUGGGAAAUGACUGAGUCCCCACUGCUUUGAAGAGCCGGUAUUGCCUCUGAGCGCAGCAUUGCUGCUAGCUCCCUCUGGCCUUGUGUGCUCUCUGCCUGGGCUGUGCCCCCAAGGCCCACGUUGUUAUACUUCUUACAGCUUCUCUUCCAGAACAAAAUGUUAUUUUCCUUUACUACCCAGGAAGGAGGUGUUCCUUAGAUGCAUGGAGAUCCAUGCUGAAUAUUCCUCUUCCAGGUCGAGGAGGAAACGUACUUGCAGUUUGUGACAGUUUUUAGUUACAGCUGUUACAGAUUGGUUGUUUGCAGCGUGUCAUGGUUCUUGUUGCCAAAAUAGGUUUGUUGGGACUAUAGAGAUGUACCUCAGCAAUGGGGGCACGUUGGCACUUCCGAAUUACAGUGAGGAAGGACGUCUCCCCGUGAACUGACCUUCUGGGCACAGGAGUGCUGGGGCAGAGGAGCCCCAGAAAAGAUGCCCUGUUCCUGAGGGCAGCAGGGGUGUAUCCAGCCAGCUGGCAGGUGCUGCUCCAAAGCCACCAACCCGAGUGCUCCGUAAACUCCAGAAAAGGGCUGGUAUUGCGAUGCCAGGCCUGCCAUUCACCAGUCAUGUUUUCUUGACAGGUUGAGUUCAUGUGCUACAGUAAGAUGUGUUACAUGCCACAGGAGUUCCUGCACGGCUCCUGUUUCACAUGUGGAUUCCAGUAGACUUGAUUUACCAAAAGAACAGUAUUAAAGAGAGCAAUAAGGUUUGGUGUUUAUUUUCUCCUGUAUUUACAAGUACUAUGCAGGAAAAGUGUUUUGGUUUUUUUGGACAUUUUCACAGUCAACUAAUUUUAUCUUCCGCUACUCAUAACAAGUUAUCACUCAUAUUUUUGUCAGAUUUUAAAAGGGUAUAAAAGUGAACAAGUUCUAAAUUCCUGUUUGCCACCAAUUUUCAUGAUUUUUAGUUAAAAUAAAUUAAAAAAUGCCUAUAGAAUUCAAUAAAAAAGUGACCUGUAUGUGCAGAAAAAAUAGCAAUAUGAUUCAGAUUGAUAUUUUUCUAUUUCUUUUUUCUGUGUUUGAGAACAGAACAUCUCAUGUAACAGGGGCGUGGUUGAUUUGGUAAGAAAUUGCUGAAGUUGGAUUUAGGAAUCUUUGAUUUUAAAUAAAAAGAAUAUGUCCAUGCAAGUUGGCUGGAGUUUUCCAGUCAGACCCUGCCUGUGCCCAGGGUUCUGUUCUGAGGGUAGAAACGCAUUUUCAUCUGUGGACUUUGUUGCGUGACGGAGAUGUUGUCUGUCUGAAUAAAGGUAAUUUUGUGUCUUUGAAGUGGAAGCAAAAAAUAAUACACUGGUCAUUUUUAUUCAGAGUCCUGGUAACUGAAUGGUAACUGCCAUGAGGAAAAACGUAAGGUAACUCCUGAUGUAGAUUUUUUGUUUGUUUGUGGUUUUAAGAAAAAGGAAAAAUAAAAAAUAAAAAGUGCUACGGCACUUCUGGGAAUAUUUUUUGAGUCAACAAGCAAAAAACACAAACCACCUCCAGGUGCCUCUGUUUUGCUUCCCAUGAAAGGUUUUCCUGGGCAGUUUGCUGUAAAAGCCCUUUGGCUUUCUAGGUGGCAUUUUACAGGAUUUUCCUUCAGAGCUACCCUCACAAUCCAGAGCUCUUUCCAAUGGGCUUACGAAGACUUCAGUUUGCUUGCAUCCAGGAAAGUGAAUUUUAAUCUGUGCUUUCGUUCUGCCACUGAGGACCUGUUCUUGCCCAAAGAUCUGUGGUUUGGGUGUUUGCUCAUCAGCAAAUGUGACACUGAAUUGCUUAACAAGGUUUGUGACUCGUUACACCCAGCUUGAGUAGCAGCAUAGAGAGAAUACCUCAUCAUCACUAAUCAUGUCUGGUAUCGCUCCUUUGUGCUGGCUGGAUGGGAGCGAAGGGUGGAGUCUAAGCCUUUCAGCCUUCCUGGGCUGAGGCUUGCCUGCUGCUCUCAAGUUUGCCUUCUUUCCGUCAAGUAUGUAGUGGAAGUUGGAGAAUAUCCUCUUUAAAAACAGGAACCAAAAACCCACUGAAGAUUUGGCUAUUUUAUUUUAUUUUGGCUGGUUUUGUUGGUAUUAAAAAUUAUUUUAUAUCCUGUUUUCACUGUCUUUACACCAAUGGUUGAAAGCAGUAUUUGGUCUGUGGCUUUACUGGAGGUAAGUUUUUUUUGUGUUUGUCCGUACCAGCGGUGUUUGUCCCUUUUGGAAAUGCAGUAUCCUCCUUUUAAAAGAGUUCAACAGAUGCCUUUUGUAACAGGAAAGAGGAAUUUGGGAAAGAGGGAAUCUUGUGUUUUAAUGAUCGUAGAAACUGGGUGAUACCGAAGAGAAGGAAAUCGAUGGCAUAGUCAGUAAAUUGUUAGUGGUGUCUAGAGAAAAGGCAGGAAGCUGUCAGUUUACACCAAGGACAACUAACAGGUCUGACUAGUUGGCUCAUGUCAGGUUACAAAAUACUGCUUGCGAGUCCUGCUGUAGUGAACCAGCUCCAUCUAUUGAGCUUCAUUCCAUUGCAACUGGUAUUUUAUAAAGACCCUGUGUAUAUCUCAGAGGCAUUGGAAGUAGUUUGCUAGAUACAAAAAGCACUGUUUGAUAUUUUUGUCUUCAUUGUGUAAUGGUAGGUUUUAUUUAGACGUAAGCAGAUAAGAGUUUCCUCCUGAGGAAGGAGGCAGCUUUUCACGGCUAGAUCUGGGGGGAGGAGCUGGAAAGGACAUCUAAUCGCACAUACUGCCCUGUGUGGAGGAAGAGUAAAGGUGGCCCAAUGAGAGACUCAGCUCUUAGCUAUUGACUGGAUGUCCAAGAGGGAAAAUCGCAGGCUCCAAGAAGCUAGCAUGAGGCUGGAGCAGGAGAAUGAUGACCUUGCCCAUGAGCUUGUUACAAGCAAAAUUGCCUUACGGAAUGACCUGGACCAGGCUGAAGACAAAGCUGAUGUUUUGAACAAGGAACUUCUCCUGACCAAACAGAAACUAGUGGAGACAGAGGAAGAGAAACGGAAGCAGGAAGAGGAAACUGCUCAGCUGAAAGAAGUCUUCAGGAAGCAACUCGAGAAGGCAGAAUCUGAGAUUAAGAAAACCACAGCCAUUAUUGCAGACUAUAAACAGAUUUGUUCCCAGCUGAGUACCAGGCUGGAAAAACAGCAGGCAGCCAGUAAAGAUGAACUGGAAGUUGUGAAGGGUAAAGUGAUGGCUUGCAAACACUGCAGUGAGAUUUUCAGUAAGGAAGGGACACUGAAGCUGCCUUCUCUAAGCAUGGAGAAUAAAGGCAUAGAAAUAGAUGACGAGAAGGAUGCACUGAAGAAGCAGCUGAGAGAGAUGGAGCUGGAACUUGCACAGACCAAACUGCAGCUUGUGGAAGCCAAGUGCAAAAUUCAGGAGCUGGAGCACCAGAGAGGAGCCCUUAUGAAUGAAAUCCAAGCUGCCAAGAACUCUUGGUUUAGCAAAACUCUGAACUCUAUCAAAACUGCCACAGGCACACAGCCACCACAGCAGCCUCAGCAACCCCUGCCACCCAAAGAGGGCAGUACAUAGUUCCAACCAGACUUGAUACAAGAGCACAAAGAACAACACAAUUGAAACCCUGGAGGAUUCUUCCAGUGGUCUCUCCUCUUGGGUAAAGGACAAAAGGCAGGAGUGCAGGCUUGAAGUGAAAUUCUUCAAUGUUUUUCAUUCAUUCUGAUGUGAUCCUUUUCAAAGGGGGAAAAAUAUUCUGUUUUAUGUUGAAUUCCUACUUCCAAACUGCCUUGCUGAAAGCCACGUUCUGAUACCUUCAUACUUUUACACUUUAUUUUAUAUGACUAGAUGUUAAAAUGAAUAAAUAAUUCAAAACUAGUUCUUUAAUACAUGACUAAUUAUUCAGAAUUAUUUUUAUCUUGCAUAGAAGGUUUUUUUUUGUUUUGUUUUGUUCUGGAGGAAGAGAGAAUGGAAAAUGUAAAGUACUGCAGCAUAAUCUCUUCACAGAAAGCACAGUGUAACAAGUACUAGUGUGUGUGUGAGUGUCUAGGAUAACUUAUGCCCUGGGACCAUCUCAGAAGUUUAUCGCAGUGACUACGUCCUGCAGAAAAGCACUUUUUGUAAAGCUUAGGCCAUAGCAAAGAAGCAAAGAUAGUCUUGCACUGUCUUGGCACAAUUGUUUGUGAGCUUCCCUGAUAAUUUCAUAGUUUUGAUCGUUUUUUCUUCAGAAAUGCAAAUAGUGCAGUUCUUUGUAGCACUGAGUAGCACGGUUGUUUAUUUACAACUGAACUGGAAUUUAACAUAGUUACCUAGUUCCCCUUUUUUAUUUCAUGUUUAUACUAAGAAUGCCAAGAAAGAAUUCCUUCCACUGGGAGAAAGGGAAAACUGUUCAACAUUUAUUCGAUGGUUUUGCUGAUAAGCCAAGUGAAAACCUUGCAUAGUUUUGACCUUUUGUAAGUCCUGUGCAAUAAAGGGUAGCUUUUAUGAAUAAAAUUAACAAAAACUUUUCCCUGGGUCUGUAUUCAAAUUUUGAGUUUUACACAGAAGUGAGGUAUCAAAUAAAACAAACAACAGGCUUUUGCUGCACUGAUGAAUAAAUCACCACAAAACCAAGAUCAAUUUGCUAUAAGUAUUUGGCUAGGAAAUGCUAUAUCGGUAUUACUUAUUUUUAUAAAAACAAACGUUUUCAACUGGAAUACAAAACUUAGACUUUUCCCAUGGGAUAGACUUCUCUGAUGAUUCCCAAACCUCUCUGGUUGUUUUAUAUCUCUAAGGUAAGAAAAUUCAAAAGUGUUUGUUUUGACUGAACAUAAAGUGUUUAUAGAAAUACUUCUUUCAUGGAAAAUUAAACUAUUGCUUGAACUGAUGGAAUAUUUUUUUAAUUAUACUUGUCAUGUCUAUAAGGUGGUCUUGCAGAUAAAUAUCGUUGCUGGACAAAAGGUUGUGUAUUAAUUGUUCCAUUUACAAAAUUGUUCCAAGUACAUUUGUUCUCUUUUGAUCUUUUUUUAAUUCAAAGGAAUGCCAUAUCUUGUCCGUUUUGUACAAUAAAAUUUAAUGAUACUCAUCUUGGGCUUUGUUGUCAAGCAUAAUUGUGAAUUACUUCAAACAGGGUGGUACUAAUUUAAUGUUUACUUGUGCCAGAGGAACAAUUCUGAAAGGCAGUCACUUGUUUGAAGUAGAGAUCAAAAUAUAAUCACUGUCCUGACAAAACUAUCCUGCAAUGAACUUCUAACUCUCUUCUAAGAAUAAGGAGUUUAAAAUGUUGGUAUUUUUUAAAGUACCUGCAAGAACAGUGAUUAUCUGGAAACCUUAACAGGAUGGGGGGGGGGGGGGGGAAGGAAAAAGCAGAAGGGCAGAAGGGAUCUCUUUUGCAAACAGAAAAAAAAAUAUAUCUUUCUUUUCCUGGUCACUUGCUAAUAAUAUUUGCAAAGAUGUUUCCAUUCUGUGGACUAUUAAACCUAGCAUUAUUAACUCACUUAUCAGUAUCAUUUCAUACUUGAAAUAAACUGUGUAAUAAAUUUGAAGUGACACUUAAGAACACUUGAUUGGUACGUCGAGAGUACUGUGCAGAUGAGUGACACCAAUGGUUGGACAAGUGUCCACAUUUCUUGUGUCAUUUAUCUUAAAUCAUACUUACAGGUGGAUUUAAAACCUUUUGGAAAAAAAACAUUGGAAAAAUGCAGUCCUAAUUAAAAAAAAAAAAAAAAAAAGUGAUUCUCUGAGCAGCUGAGUUCAUGUAACAGCUCACUGCUGCUCAAAGACCUUACCCCUCCAGCUCCCUGAUGUACAGUCAUGUCCCUGUCCUUUUUAUGGCACUUACUAGAGGUGAUUCAAAUUAAAAAUAAAAGUCUCAUUUUUUUUUUUCCCAUUUAGUCUUUUGCCAAGUCAAUGUGUUACAUCAUGUGAAGGGUCUAAUGAGAGAGAGUGAGUGGAUGAGUGGAAAAUGGGAGCAGUACUUCCCCAGUUCAUCAAAAAAGAAUUGUUAAAUAAGUUUUGUGUUUCAUGGAACCAGCUUUGACACACCAUCAUCCUUCUCACUGUAAUAUCUCUCUGAUGGUGGAAGUUGAGUUUCUGUGAGAAAUACGUGUUUGCUACCUGCUAGCCAUGAUGAUUUUGAAACCCUGUAGGAUAGGAACUGGCUUACCUUGUGCCUCUCACAGCAGCAAAAAAGUUUCAGAAGGCAAUGGCUGAAUUGGCACUUUUGGCAAUGAUGUAAGGGCAGUAAGCGACUUUCACCUUCCAUCUGUGCAUCCCAGGUAGCAUUUGUAGCAGUGGCACUUGGAAGAGUAAUAUUUAUGUGGAAACUAUCUUCUCAAAAUCACUGAACGAAUGAGAAAAAUAGCUCUAUAUCAUUAUCUUGAUGAACAAGCAUAGUUAAAUUCAAAAACAAGGAAAGAAGCAAAACCGCAGGAUUAAACCAGGCAAGCUAAAGCUGCCUGCUGACUGUACAUGCUGUUGAGAUACUCAGUUUCUUGGAAGAAAAAAAAAAAUCUGUUUUAAUUAGUCCUUUCAGCAGUGGUGGGUGGAGUACUUGCUAGAAAUACUCAUAUCCCAGACCAACUGAUCUGUCAGGGAUAGCUGGUUCACGAUUUAGAUUUUCAGAGGGAAACAUCACCAAAGUCUUGCUGAAACUUAUUUUCAUGUGGCACUGGAACCCACUUCUUAAGAUUAGAGUGAUUCAUUUUUUUUUUUUCUCCUGAGUCAGUAUCAAACUAUGUAUCAACAUCAAAAUCGUAUUGGAGAUAAUUUUAAUGUUCUAAAUAUAUCUUUAUGGAACUAAAUCUUAUUUUUAAAUUUUAUUGAGAAUGCACAGUUCUGAAAUAAAGCCUUUAAUUAGG